UCUAGGUUUAGGGCUCUUGGACAGGAAUGGGCGAGGCGGAGGAGACGCUGCCGGAGCCGCGGCGCUGGGCUCCGCCGCCUAUUCCGAUCUGCGCAGCGGCGGAUCGCAGCAGCUUGCUGCUGGAGUGGCCGAAAUACGUCGAUUUCGCUGAUGGAUUCGAGUACUGCUUGGAGCUGGGGUUGAAGAGGGCGCUGAGGAGCGAUCUGCACGGGCGGAGGCCCGGGAAGAAGAAUGCGGGGAUGGGAAGAGAUCUCGGAGCGCCCGAGCUGAUCGAGUUUGCCGUGGCCUGGUCGGAGCAUUUCCCGCAGGGGAUUUUCACCUCAUCCGCGGCUGGGUAUGCGGUGAAUUUCGACUGUCUUGAGUGGAAGACGAUCUAUCGUGGCUCGGAGAACUCAAGCAAGGUUGAGGAUUUGAUACCCGGGAUGGGAUACGUUUUCCGGCUUUGCGUCAUGCUUCCGGAUUCAUGUUCGAACGAAGCACCACCACCUCUUUCCUCGGACCAAAUCAUGUUUUUUACAAUCCCAUGCGCGCCAUGCCCGCCGGAGUGCCCGCUACUCGUGGAUCGUGGAAGAACUUCGCUUAAGUUGAAGUGGUCGCCACCCUCGAUUACCGGCGGAAUGGCGAUACGUGAAUACAUCGCUGAGAUGAAGCGUCCAGGCGGCGAUUUUGAGAACGUCUACAGUGGUGGCACAAAUCUCACGGUUAAAGUGACUCGGCUUGUCCCGGGAACCAGCUAUAUCUUUCGUGUGCAGGCUUUGAGCUGCCUAGGCUGGAGUGGCCUCAGUAAAGAAGUGACAUAUGUCACAGCUUCGUCUGUUCCUGCUGCACCCACGCCUCCUAGUCUCUUGAGCUCGUCUCGAAACUCCAUAUCCCUUUGCUGGGAGGAACCAGACAAUCAUGGCUCACCAGUAUCCUCUUAUACUCUUGAGGCUGACGAUGGACUCGACGGGCCGUUUUCCGUUGUUUACAGUGGCGAGGAACGAAGUUGUGAAGUUGGUAACCUGAGGAGUGGAACCAGCUAUAAGUUCAGAGUUCUUGCUCACAAUGGCAUUGGGAAAGGUGCAUUUAGCGCGUCUGCGAGGUUUUCAACAUCGCACUCACCUCCAUCUGCGCCUCGGUCACUUAGCAUUCUUGGCAAGACAUCAACCUCUGGAGUCAUCGGCUGGAGCCCACCUGAUUACAACGGUGGAAGCUCUAUAACCGGGUAUGAACUGGAGUUCAAGCUGAAGGCGUCUGGCAGCUGCUGGACUCAAGCAUAUAGCGGUCAAUCGAGCACGUGCAACCUCAUUGGUCUUCGUCCUGGAUGUCAAUAUCAUGUGCAGGUAAGAGCAAAGAAUAACGAGGGAUGUGGAGAUUUUUCUCAAGAAGCUUCUUUUAUGACUUCUCCUGGCCUGUCAGAAGCUCCCUCGUCUCCGGUGUUUUCAGAAAUACGAAGUACAUCGCUGAAAGUUUCCUGGGACCGUCCCAACCACGACGGUGGCUCAGCUAUUCUCGGAUAUCGUUUAGAGAUGCUAAUUGCAGAAACAAGCGACUCUUUGUGUGUAUAUCGAGGGGAUGAGCUUUCUGUUGGCGUAGACAAGCUUAUUCCCGGGCAGAAAUACAUUUUUAAAGUACAGGCUUUGAACAAAGCUGGUUCUAGCGGUUGGAGCGGCCCGAGUGAAGUUUGGACAAAAGCAGCUGUUCCGGAUGCCCCUGAAACUCCAACUAUUGUCAAUGUAUCAUCUACCACCGUUUCUCUACGGUGGAUCUCGCCAAAGCCAAACGGUAGUUGCAUACUAUCUUACCGUCUUCAAAUGGCCAAUCUAGGAUAUGAUGCAACAAACCGGCAGAAUGAGAUGUUUCGUUUUUAUUCAUCUGGAACUGAUCGUUACAUUGCUGGGGAGGAAAAUACGCAGGAAACACAGACUGAAGAUAAUGACCAGGAACGUCACGCUGUUCAAUCUGUGUACGAUGGUCCUGCUCUUGCGUAUACAUUGAAGAACCUUCAGCCAUGGACUUCAUAUGCUUUCUGCUUGCAGGCCUUGAAUUCGGUUGGAGAAAGCGUUUGCAGCAAGAUCAUCCUCUCUAAGACAUCUCCGUCUUGUCCUUCGCCACCGUCUCUUGUCAUUAGUGAAACAUCAACCGAUACUGUGUCGCUACAAUGGGAGCUUCCACAGCGAGACAAUGGUGCUAGCGUGAUUUCUUUUGGCCUUCACAUGAAAAAAAAACCCGAAGCCUUCAAGAACAAUCCAAGACAUAACAAAACGCAUAUAGAGGACACUACGGACGAGUGGACUGAAGUAUACAAAGGGGCAUUGCUCAAUUACGCGUUACCGUCGCUACUGCCUGGGCAUUCAUACAUGUUCCGGCUCGUAGCCUACAAUGUGUAUGGCCCUUCUGGACCAAGCUUUGUGACUGCCUCCACACUUGCAGCGUGUCCUCUUCCUCCAUCCCCGCCAACAUUUUCUGGAAUAUCACCAACAAGUGUCCGUGUCAGGUGGGCUGCCCCUACUUGCGACAAUGGAGCACCGAUCUUGAGAUACAGGCUUCUCAUGGAUCAUUCUAAGUCUGGUCAUAUGCAUAAGGUGUACGAGGGGGAUUCGACGUCUUACAAAGUUGUAAAGCUCGUACCUGGGAGAUCUUAUCAGGUGGCUGUCCAGGCUAUCAACUCUGCCGGUGCGAGCCAUCUGAGCGACUUGUCUUCGGUUACUCUCCCAGCUCAGAUCGUUCUUCCCGCACUGGACGCACCACAGCUGGCUCGUUCCAAUGAUUUCCUUUCCGUAUCGUGGACGCAUCUGGAUCAGCGAGAGGUCGUCUCUUACACACUCCAGAUGGAGUCAGCGCCUGGCAAGUUACUCCAAGUUUACGAGGGCUCCACUCCAAGGUUCAUGCUUGAUAUCAACAACAGUAAUAAGAGCUGCAAGUUUCGAGUGCGCGCCAACGGGGGUGGUCUGGAAGUUUGCUCCGGCCCCUGGAGCCCAUUCUCGACAUGGACUCCUCCACCCGUGUCCAAACAGAAACCAAAGGAUGUGAAGCGAUCCAGCUCGAUCACGACAAUGGAUUUCAUACGAGGUAUGCAUCAAAGACUCGCAGAUCCAUGGAGUGUCAAGCAGCGAAGGAUGAUUGCGCUAAUCGGGACUUUGCUUACACUAACUCUGGCCUUGUUCACGAACACUCGCGAUUGAUUCUCAGGAGUUUCGGUCAAGUUUGGUUGGCCUCGCCUCACAUGGUGUGUUUCUAAGAUCAAGAAGAUCACGCGUACGUAACUCCAUGCAUGCGUACGGAGGCCGCCAAGCAAGCCUUUGCGAAUUGAUUGCGGUGACGCGGAAUCGCCGACCAGAGACCUGCCACGUAGCACUCGCUCGCUCGCCCAUUCCGCGGCGGAAAACGUCACCGCCCAGCCAACCACCACGCUCUCGACUUUCCACAUCGGAAUGUGGCCCCGGUGCGCAUUCAAUGAAGCCUCACAUCUAUCUAUCCCGGAAGUACAGUUGGGUGGUGGUUCCCGGUUCAAAUCCGAUAUAUUCCCAAGCCAUACCCGCCACAUCAGCGUGACACGUGCCAACGUCAGCAAAGCGCGUUCUUCUAAAAGACGAGACCCCUUCCUCUUUUUUUUUUUCAAGUUUUACCACAAGGAAGGUUCUGUUUUGAGUCUUUGGAUUCGUUUCCUCCAAGAAAAAAAAGAGAGAAGAUACGAA